AAUUGACCAAUCGCAGAGACUUUUUCUGACUGCAACACCUUUUAUUUUAGUACGAUUUUGAUUGGUCAAAAUUGAAAGUGCGGGUAGAUUGAAUGUUGAAGGGAAAAUCAAAAUAGGAAUGGAGGAUCCUAAAAAUAUGGAUUGUAGUUGGGAAUUUAACGCGCCUCAGUUUGUUGAUUUCUCAACUGCAUGUGACGAUGAAGAUGUUGAUCGUUGGUUUGAUGUUGAUCAUGAAAAUGAGAAAGAUGAUGAUGACAUAUGUAAUGGAGUGGAUGUCAUUGAGGAUGCUGAACAAGAGAUUGAAAAACUUGAGGAUACACCAAAGCAAGAGGCUAGACGUCUUACAAGAUCCAUGUGUCACACUCCUGUAAACGAGAAAGGCCUACCUGAGGUCUCAGAUGAGAGUAAAGAUCAAACAGAAAAACAAAAAACAGGAAAGCUAAAUGAUUCCUUGCCAUCAAACUUAUGUACACUGAGUGGUUGGAAGAAAAGGACAAAGUCCAGAACAGACCAACAGCCUGAAGUGAAAAGAAAAUCACCUCCUCAGUUGAAGAAAGGAUUACAAGACUCAAAACAGAAAGCUGUAAAGAGACAGAACAGAUCUCUAGAGGGAACACAGAAGAGUGAAGUAGAUCCAAAGAAACUACGCCGAUCUGUGGCCAACAUCCAGAAUGGUAACAUCAAACGAUCAGGAUCUUUCUCUAGAUUACCUGCUCCUAAUGGCAAACCUAUGAUAGGUAAAGCAGGUAAUCCAACUCUCAAUACUAGUGCAGGGGCCAAGAGAGUUCCUCAGAGGACAAGAUCAGUCUCUUCCAUACCUGUUCCAAACAGCCCUCGCAGAUCAGUGGACACAAAAGAACCAGAACUGAAGAAGUUAACCAUGCCAACCACACCCACCUGCUUAAAACGCAACCCAGUUAUCAAAGCUGCAAUGGUGAAAAACACAGAACAGAAAGAAUUAGAAACUAUUGCACAAUUUAGACAGAAACUUUCUAAACAAUUGAAACAAAACCAAGAGAGCUACAAGAAGGCUGUAGAAGCUCCAAGUUAUGCUCCUGCUCAUUCUAAAUCUAAACCUACACAACCACAUGAGUUUAGAUUUCAAACAGAUAACAGACUAAAGAACCAGCAGACUGAAAUACAGUCUACCAGUCCUGUAGAUUAUGUUAGAACACUCCGGUCAGAAGCAAAUAAACCUACUACUCACCAGUCACAAGUCAAUAAGGGAAUCACAUGUCCCAAGCCAUUCAAUCUAACAGAGAGCAGGAAAAGAAAAAUAAGUCAGUCAACCGAAGCUUUAAAUGAUUCCUACCAUUCAACAGCAGAAAAACUACGGGCAUUUGAGAAACAAACUCCAGACAGAUUUAGGUCAAAACCAAGAGCAGGAAGAGAACCAGUGACAAAGAAAGGAUCUACUCCCGUCAUGACGGUACCAGUUACUCCACAGCUGGUAUCCCGUUCUAGAUCACGUCCACAACAUAUACCUAGUCAACAAGAGAUAGAGGAACAAGAAGUGGAAGAAAUGAAAAGAAAUCAAUUCAAAGCUCAUCCUGUAAACCAGAAAAUCUUGCAGAACCCAGCAACAGGGGUUAGAAAAGUUCCCUCUAAACCAACAACACAAAUAGAGGAAUUUAAUCUAGAAGGUCUCAAACGUAACCAAAACAAGUCCAUAGAAAAGAAGGAAGAAAAAUAUGAGUUUCAUGCACAGCCUGUUCCUAAAGAUAUACUUGAAGGGCCUGUGGGAUUGAAGGAAGUGAGGGCUAAACCAGUGACAGUACCUCAUUCUCCAGCAUUUGCUUUAAAACACAGAGUAAGAAUGCCUAUAGAAGUUCCUGAAGAACCAGAGACAAACAAAUCAUACAGUAGAAGGAAAAUUCCCCAUAGUGGUAUACCAUUCCAACCAGCAUUGAGUCAUAAAAGUACCGUUCCUGAACCAUUUGGGUUUGAGGAACGGGACAAAUCACGUAUGGCUGAGAAGGCAGCCAAAACAGAACAGGUUCUGCAUGAAGAAAGAAUGGCUAGAGAGUUUAGAGCUAAACCUUUACCAAACCCAUCCCCUGAUAAUCUACCCACAAAACAAACUAAACCAGCUACAAAACUGGAACCCUUUCACCUGGACACAGAUUGCAGGUUAAAUAGAAGUGAAGAGAGAAAAAGACAGAUUGAAGAAGAAUUGCAUCCCAAAGUACAGUUUAAAGCCAGACCACCUGAAGUUCUUAGAAAAGAGCCUUUUAUACCAGAAAAAUCUACCAAACCUUUAACAGACAUUAGUGAGUUUUCCCUUAAUACUGAGAAAAGGGCUUACAACCGAGAAGGUUUUGAAAUGCAUAAGAAGAGCAAAGAGGCUGAGAUAGAAGCUGUGAAACGAAGAAUAGAAAAGGAGAAAGAAGAGGAAGAACAAAUGGCCAUAGCUAAACUAAGAGCAGAAAUGGUACAUAAAAGUAACCCUGUUAAAAAAUAUACAAACGUUGAAGUUCAACCAAGUGAUAAACCUGUUACAUAUGCAAUGUCACCAAAGUUUGAGACGGACAGACGAUUACGUAGCAAAGUGAGAGUAUAAUAGUGUGUAUCAUGUGUAAUGAUUGUAAAUGUGUACAUAAGAACGAUUUUAUACAUGUGUAAAUUGUAACACAUUUUAAUUUUUUAUAAUAAUGCAUAUAAGAAUGUGUAUUAAUGAUACUUAUAUUCCUCCCAAUAUUUCUAUGUAUAUAAUCUUAACUUUUAUAUUUAAAUGAAUUCUCAAAAAAAAUCUUUAAAUAUGUACAAAUGCAUGUAAAGCUGCUUCUAGCAGAUAGUUUAGUCCUGUCGCAUACCCAAACAUAGAGCAUCGUUCUAACACUAAUACAUUGAAACAUUACACAUUUCAGGAAGCCAAUCUUAUAUCAAUUUUAUACUUAUAUUGCUUUGAAAAUUUUCUGUACGUGUUGUUCAGUAUUAAAACUGAAAGCUCUGUGUAUACCAAGAUUUCUAUCCUGUGUUUAUAUGUGUGUUGUAUUUCAAUAUAGAUACAGUUUAAUGGUAAUAUGUUAACAUGUAAAUAUAUUUCAAGGUUGAUUUAUAGCAAUCAAUCAAUAAAGUAAGAGAAGGAUUUAGGGGAUGUGGGGUGUUAGCCCUAUUUAUGGAGCUUUAUGUAUGGUUAAUGCAGACUUUCAACAUGGUCUAGCCAACGAGUCCCCUUUUUCUAAAAUCCUGGAUCUGCACUGAAAAAUAUCAGUGUAUGAUUGUUAAGGGUCAACAACUUACUUUAUAAACUGUAUUUGUAUUGUCUACAAAGAGCUCUAAAAAUGUUUUCUCUUGGUUCAUUUUUUCUUUCUUUACCUAUUGCAAGCAUUAAAUCACCUGUUUAUUGUAUUAUAACUAUUACAAUGUAUGCAUAUAGUACAUAUUAACAGUUUUGGUUCAAAUGAUUUCAUAGUCAUAUAGUGUCGGCAUUUUUUUAUGCCACCACCCAUGAUAUAAAAUGUUCAUGUAAUCACUCACAAUUAAUUAAUUUUGAAUGUCUGCCAUACCAGUUGUUAAAAUGCUGUUCCAAAAUUUUUGUAGACCUUAAUUCAACAGUAGAAUAAAAUUUCAUAUCACUAAAAAUUCUACUACUAGGACAUGCAACCCCCAACAAUUAAUUGAUAUGAGUUCUUCCCACCCCUCACCAUGAUAAAUUUUGCAAUAACUCCUGUAUAGCUACUGAUAAGUUAUAUUGCAUCCUGAGAUGUACUCAUUGGAGCCAUGAAAUUUAAUAAAAUUUCUAUUUAAAUAUAAAAAUAUUGUUGUUGGUAGACUUGUACAAUAUAUCAAGUUUUUUUUUAUGGUGCCUGAUAUCUGUACACUUUGACAAGCUGUCAUAUUGCUGUAACGGGGAAUAAAUGCAGUGUGUAUUAUUAUUAUUUUAAAUUGAUUGUUUAUGUUUGUUUUAAAAGUGUUUAAAUUGUUUUAAUUUUUUGUUUGUAGAUCACUAUUUAUUUAUGUAAAAAUUGUGUACAAGGAUAUAACUUUAUAAAAUACUUUAGUUCUCCUUCUUCACAGAAAUGUUUACAAGUUAUAAUUUUGUUGGACAUAUGAAGUAAAAGGUUGGAACUUUUUUUUUAAUUUUAUUUUGGUGACAAGGUGUCAAUUCUAAAUACCACUCCACUUUUAAAUCAAGCAUAUGGGUGAAAAGCCUACAUAUAAUUAUUUUGGAUACUUAAUUCAGAAUACAAAGAAAUAUCAAAAGCUACCUAAAGUUUUGCUUUAACUUCUGUGAAGGGAACCAACUUCAUUUUUUUUUCUCAAGAAAAUGUACAAGAAAAACCUUCUCUUCAUGAAGUAAAACUUUAUAAAGGAAGGGCAAUUUUAAUGUAGUUGUCAAGUACAGAUAUAGAUUUCUAAUUUUAUAAAAUGUCCUGCCCAUUUAUGUAGAAUAUGAAGUAAUAACAAACAGAAUAAAUCUCACUUAUGAGGUGUCAAUAUUUUUCAUAUAUUGAAACCCCCCUAUAUUAUGUACUUGAAUUGCUUUUCAUUUGAUUCUAAUUUAACAAUGAAUUUAUAGUUUUUAGCACAUUGACUUUUGUGAGCUGUCUAUUUCAAAUCUAAUAUAUUCUUCAAUGUUUUCCCUUUAUUUUGUUUGCUCUUUCUGACAUGGUCUUACUUUUCUGUUCUUUCAAGAUUUCACUGUCGGUGUUGUAUCAUAUUUCUUCCUGAAUUCACAUUGAAUUUGUUUUGUCCUGUUCUAUAAUACAUAAUUGAAAACAUGGAUUUCCAAUGUUAUCUAUUUUAAUAUUUGUGUGAAUUCUAUUAAUUAUUAGUCAUAAUUAUAAGAAAUGAAAGCUGCUUUAUUUUUUUUCAAUGUUAUGUGUGGCAAUGAUUAUUAUUUUGAAAAAGAUUUUGACAACACAUUUGAAAAAUCUCCUACAGUUAACAGCAGAAUUAUAAUUGUAAAAAGAUUGUGUGGAUAUUUUAAGUUUUUUUUUUAUGGUUUUAAGUUGCUACUCCUAACAGAUGUGGUUUUAUCCAUCCACCGAUACUUUAAUUGAUAAAGAGGAGAGUCUUGCAAGACAAAAUGUGUAUUUUACAAUCAACAAAAUCAUGUUAUUUCAUUAAAUACACAAUUAGAAGUAAUGGCAGAUUGUUGGCAGAGCCAUUUAUAAAAUGUUUGUUUUUGAAUCAAACUUGGGAGUAAGAUAAGUGUAUUUUUUGCCAAGCUUCUUUUUUUAAAUGGGUUCUGCUUAAUAUGUGUUACAAGUGAUAUCAAACAAUGGAAUUAUUGUAUUUGCUAUACAGUCAAGAAUAUACAUAGAUGAGGAAACUUUACUUGAGUUUUGUCUAAAUAUUGAGAGAUGGUCUAACUGUUUAUGUAAUAUAAAGAAUACUUAUAAAACUUCUCAGUAAAUUUGGUGUAAAUGUAACCACUGCCAAAUCAUAGAACAUCAUCACACAUAUAUAUGUGAAACUUCUCUCAAUUCAACAGAACUGUAACACAGGAUUGCAUAAGUUUUACGAUCAUGACAAAUGACAUAAGGCUUAAUGGUAAUGAAAAAGACAGGAUUCCUGUUAAAUAAGGAUUUAUAAAAAGAUGUUAAUACUAAUGUAAAAUUUGGCAAACAAGUAUUUCUGUACCAGUUUUACUUUAUAUGUGAUAGACUGAGAUAAAAUAUGAAAUAAAAUUAUAAUAAUGUCA